UCUUGCUCUAAAUUCGCGCAUGCUCAGUCCGGUCUGUCUGACCUUCAUAGUCACCAUGUUGGCUCGGAGCAGCGCGCUGGUUUUCUCUCCACAAUGGGUCCAGGUCAGGAACAUGGCUACCCUGAAGGACAUCACCAUCCGGUUGAAGUCCAUCAAAAACAUCCAGAAAAUCACCAAAUCCAUGAAGAUGGUGGCCGCUGCGAAGUACGCUCGUGCUGAGAGACAGCUGAAGCCGGCCAGGGUCUACGGCAACGGCGCUCUGUCUCUGUACGAGAAGGCCGACAUCAAAGCACCUGAGGACAAAGGCGCCAAACACCUGAUCAUCGGCGUCACCUCUGACCGUGGUCUCUGUGGUGCCAUCCACUCCGGUGUCGCCAAGACCAUCAAGAGCGAGAUCGCUAACCUGACCGGGGCGGGGAAAGAGGUCAUGGUGGUCAACGUUGGAGACAAGCUGAGAGGGCUGCUGCAUCGAACUCACGGGAAACACAUCAUGCUGAACUGUAAGGAGGUGGGCCGUAAACCUCCCAGCUUCAACGACGCUUCCAUCAUUGCCGCCGAGCUGCUGAACUCUGGAUACGAGUUUGAUCAGGGAUCGGUCAUCUUCAACAGAUUCAGGUCUGUGAUCUCCUACAAGACGGACCAGAAGCCGCUGUACUCCAUAGACACGGUGGCUAACGCAGAGAGCAUGGGAGUCUACGAUGACAUUGAUGCAGAUGUCCUGAGGAACUACCAGGAGUUCGCUCUGGUCAACAUCAUCUACCUGGCCCUGAGGGAGUCUUCCACCAGUGAGCAGAGCGCCAGGAUGACCGCCAUGGACAGCGCCAGCAAGAACGCCUCUGAGAUGAUUGACAAGCUGACCCUGACCUUCAACCGUACCAGACAGGCCGUCAUCACCAAGGAGCUCAUUGAGAUCAUCUCUGGAGCCGCUGCUCUAUAAACAGGUGAACUCAUCUCUUCAUCGCCUCCAGCUCUUCACACCUUCAGAGCCGUGCUGUUGAGAUCCAUGAACAUUUGUGUUUCUGUUUGUAAAAUAUAUAUACGGAGAUAAUAAAGCUCUUAUUGAUCCUCGUCCUCUACUUCCUGAAUCUCCCGACAAUAAAUGCUUUAAAAAGUCAAA